UGACACUCUAUUUGGAACAUUUUUUAUUUUUAUUUUAUCAUUGUUUCUUCUUUAAUCUAUAUUUUUUUUUAAAUAUAUAUAUAAAAUGGUGGUAAACGCAUUUGUACUACAAAAAAAGUAUCCCGCCUUUCAAGUCAAUGAUAUCAAUGGCUUAAUCGACAAAUUCCAAGAAUGUGAUCUUGAUGCAGACGGUUUAUUGGAUGGAAGAGAAAUCCAACAAGCCUGUAAAGAUACUGGUUACAGUGACAAUUACGAUGAAAUUCGUGCUAAUCUAAAACAAGUCGCCUCUAGUGCCACUGGUAAAAUUGAUGUCGAAGAAUUCAUUGAUCUUGCCAACAGGCUGAAAGAGGGUCGAAAUAAAGACGCUUUCAACGUACACCAACAUAAAAUACAAGUCCAUGGCUCAAAAGGCGAUGCCACACAUACAAUCAAUGAAGAUGAGCGCACUGAAUUUACGCGUCAUAUCAAUGAUACCAUGUCAAUGGAUCCAGACGUAGGUUAUCGCUUACCGAUCCCCACCAACACCAUGCAAUUGUUUGAUGAGUGUAGAGAUGGUUUAAUUCUUUGUAAACUCAUUAAUGAUGCCGUACCAGAUACCAUUGAUGAACGUGUGCUCAAUGUCAAGAAAAAGAUGAAUAACUUUCAAAUGGUGGAGAAUAACAACAUUGUUAUUAACUCUGCAAAAGCCAUUGGUUGUUCCGUUGUCAAUAUUGGUCCUGAAGAUAUCAUUGAAGCCAAUGAAUACUUGAUCUUGGGACUAAUUUGGCAAAUUAUUAAACGCGGUCUUUUAAACAAGAUUACAAUUCAACAGCAUCCAGAACUCUAUCGUUUAUUGGAGCAAGACGAGACUUUGGAAGGCUUUUUAAAGCUACCACCCGAUGUCAUCUUACUACGAUGGUUUAAUUAUCACCUCAAGGCAGCCAACUGGGGACGUACCGUCAAUAAUUUCAGCCAGGACAUUGCUGAUGGAGAAAAUUACACUGUCCUGCUUAACCAAAUCAAGCCUGAAUACUGCUCAAGAGAUCCCUUGCAAGAACCCGAUUUGAUGAAAAGAGCUGAAAUGGUCCUUUCUAACGCAGAGAAAAUUGGUUGUCGUAAAUAUCUGACACCUAAGGCCAUGGUGUCUGGUAACCCCAAAUUGAAUUUAGCCUUUGUGGCUCAUUUGUUUAAUACACAUCCCGGUCUGGAUCCAUUAACAGAGGAAGAGGCGCCCGAGAUUGAACCCUUUGAUGCCGAGGGUGAACGUGAAGCACGUAUGUUCACACUCUGGUUGAACAGUCUCAACGUAGAGCCCGGUGUCUAUGACCUGUUUGAGGAUCUUAAAGAUGGCCUAAUUCUUUUACAAGCCUUUGAUAAAGUUGUGCCAGGUAUCGUUCAAUGGCGUAUGGUCAGUAAAAAGCAGCCCCUUUCUCGAUUCAAGCAAUUGGAAAACUGUAAUUAUGCAGUACAUCUGGGACAAGAUAAUGGGUUUUCGUUGGUAGGUAUUCAAGGCUCGGAUAUCGUGGAUGAGGUAAAGACCUUGACCUUGGCUUUGGUUUGGCAAUUGAUGCGGGAAAACAUUGUUCGUACUUUGCAAUCACUCAGUGAAGGUGGUCGAGCUGUCACAGACAUGGAUAUGGUCAAAUGGGCCAAUGAAAUGGCUCAGAGAGGUGGUAAGCAGACAAAGAUGUCGUCCUUUAGAGAUCCUUCGCUUCGUUCAGGUGUCUUUUUCUUGGACGUCUUAAAUGGUAUGAAACCUGGCAUUGUCGAUGCUGCUCAUGCUACAGCUGGCAACACAGAUGAGGAUGCGUUUAAUAAUGCUCGUUUGGCUAUAUCCAUUGCGCGUAAAUUGGGUGCUACAAUUUUCCUUGUUCCAGAAGAUAUUGUUGAAGUUCGAGCCAAAAUGAAUCUCACCUUUGUAGGAAGUUUAAUGGUUGUGGAGCGACAAAUGAAACGCAAUGCAUAAUUUAAUUACAAUUAAAACGGAGUAGUUCUAAUUGAAUAAAUACAGAGGGAAAACAAAGCUU